AAGAUGUCGUUUUAUUAUUAAGCUUGUUUCAGCCCGUACACAUGGCCGUGAUGGGAUGUAAAUGAUCGGUAUUAAGACUUAUCUGGGUUCCCUGCUAAGUUUACAUCGAAACAUUACUUUGCGGUGGUUCCAUCCUGUCUGAUUUAGGGCAGUUUUAGGAGGAUAAAUCCGGUUCUGAAUUAUUUCACCAGUGAAAAUGGAUACCCUGACACAACCGAGCGAUACUCUGCAGGCGUAUGAGGCGGGGCUCCCACAAGGGGAAGUCCGAAAGGUUUUACAGCCCAGCGCUAUAAGUGACCCCAACUUCCAAAAUCUACUGAAGUUCCUGAUGGACUGGAUUAACGAGGAAUUAAAACAUGAACAUAUUGUAGUGAAAAGCUUGGAAGAUGAUCUUUAUGAUGGAUUAAUACUUCAUCACCUCCUGCAAAAAAUCGGAGGAAUUAAGUUGGAUGUGGAAGAAAUCACACUUUCUACCGUUAAUCAGAAGCGCAAGCUGACCGUCAUACUGGACGCCAUAUCGCAACACCUGGAGCUGGAGCCGAGCCAGACAAAAUGGGACAUCAACCUGAUAUACAACAAGGAUUUACUAGCCACUUUGCACCUUCUAGUAGCCCUCGCCCGACACUUCAAGCCUGAUUUGCAGCUCCCUCCCAACGUGUGCGUAGAAGUGAUUUUUGUUGAGCCAACCAAAAUUGGAAUGAAGACCGAAAAGGCCGUGGAGAUUCUCACCCUCAGCAGUGACGGGGAUUCGUCUCUCAAGUCUGACGCAUUUGAUAUCCUUUUUGAAAAGACUCCAGAUAAAGUUCAAGAUGUAAAGCAGGCAAUCGUUAAGUUUGUGAACAAACCGCUGGCGAACCUCGGCCUGACAGUGACAGACCUGGACUCUCAGUUUGCAGAUGGGGUAAUUUUACUGCUGCUGAUUGGACAACUUGAAGGCUACUUUCUAAAUCUGGGCAGCUUCUUUCUGACCCCCAGCUCAAAGGAUGAUCAGAUACACAAUGUAUCCUUUGCUUUGGAUCUUCUUAAGGAUGGAGAAAUUCAGCAAAAUCCUAUCAACCCCGAAGAUAUUGUGAACAGGGAUAUAAAAACAACUCUGCGGGUUCUGUACAGUUUGUUCCUCAAACACAAACACAGUUGAAAUACUCCGGAUAAAGAGGUCAGACUUUGCCAAAAUCAUUCAGCAUCGAGGGAGCCGCCGAGCGUCA